GUCCAGAGAGCUGCUGAGAAGGCAAAAACAACUCAAAAUCAGGCAUGCAAGACAACAGUUUAGAAUCUUCCACUUCAAUAUCUCAACUUCUGAGAGAGAGUUAUUUAGCUGAAACCAGACAUCCAGGGAACAGUGAAAGAAGUAGAUCAGAAGCAUCUCCACAUACUUUCCAUUAUGGCAGUACUUCUGGGGCUUCAGAGGAAGUAACUGGCCAAGAUGACCUUCCAGAUCUCUCUGCCUUUUUGAGCCAAGAAGAAUUAGAUGAAAGUGUAAAUCUGGCAAGACAAGCAAUUGAUCAAGAUCCACUUGAAAAACAGGAUGAGCAACAGACACAUGUACAUUAUAGCUCUGAUCAAGUGAAAAACUGUGGAAAAACAGUUUCAAACAAACAAGUGGCCCAGUCCACAGCUUUGCCAACUUCAGACAAUGGUCUCCAUUCAAACUUUUGCCUGGAUCAUGUCACAGAAACAAAAGGUUCCAAAGAGAGCACUCAGGAUCUAAAGAAACAACAGUUUGGUUCUGAAGCAGAAUCCAAAAAGGAAUUCCUAAACAAGGCAGCAGAUUUUAUUGAGGAGCUUUCUUCACUUUUCAAAGCACAUAAUUCUAAAAGAAUAAGACCUAAAACAUGCAAAAACUACAGGAGCAAACUUGAAUCUAAAAAUAAGGCUGCUCAGGAAGGUAGCCCUAGUUUCCCAAAGCUGUCAGAAAAGAGAGAACGACCUUCUAUUCCAGUACCUCAAGACUUGGAUAAUAAAGCAGAGGAUAUACUUGAAAAAACAAAUGAUCGACAGGAGGCAAACUUGGAAGCUAUAAAUCAAUUAGAAAGUACAGAAUUAACAACAGAGGCAGCACCCACAUCUUUAUAUUUUGAGGAGCCUAUCGGACAGCCACCACACUUUACACAAAAACUGAAAAGCAGAGAAGUUCCUGAAGGAACCAAAGUGCAGUUGGACUGCAUUGUGGUAGGAAUUCCAGCACCUGAAGUCAGGUGGUACUGUGAAGGAAAGGAGCUUGAAAACUCACCAGACAUUCACAUUAUCCAGUCAGGAGAUCUGCACUCAUUGAUUAUAGUUGAAGCUUUUGAAGAAGACACCGGACGUUAUUCUUGCUUUGCUUCAAACAUCUAUGGGACAGACUCAACUUCUGCAGAGAUAUACAUAGAAGGUGCCUCCUCUUCUGAAUCUGAAGGCGAAAUUAGCACAGAAGAAAUGGAUCAAGUCCAUAAACCAAGUGAUAUCUCUUUGAAUGCACCAUCUCCUGCUGCUAACACUACAACCACUCAUCAAGAGACACCAAAGGUGCCAUCUACUGUGGGUCAGCCAGUUUAUCAGAGUCAAAGCCCCACUAAUUAUUUGCAAGGAUUGGAUGGAAGACCUUUAAUAGCUGCUCCUGUGUUUACAAAGAUGCUACAGGAUAUUUCAGCUUCUGAGGGUCAGCUGGUUGUCUUUGAGUGCAGGGUGAAAGGAGCUCCUUCUCCAAAGGUUGAAUGGUACAGAGAAGGGACAUUAAUACAAGAUUCUCCAGAUUUUAGAAUAUUGCAAAAAAAACCUCGAUCUAUGACUGAGCCAGAAGAGAUUUGCACUUUGGUAAUUGCUGAGGUGUUUUCAGAAGACUCUGGGAGUUUCACAUGUACUGCAAGCAAUAAAUAUGGCACUGUCUCUAGCAUCGCUUGUCUAACUGUUAAAGGGCCUGAGGACCAUAGCAACACUGCUGCCCUUCAUACAAUGAGCUCAAUCAACUUAAUUGCUGCUGAACAACAUCCUAUCCCACUCAUCCCUUCACUUCCAUUGGUGGAUCAGCCCCCAAAACCUAAAUUAGAAGGGGUCCUUGUGAACCACAAUGAACCAAGGUCAAGUUCUAAGAUAGGCCUCCGAGUGCACUUUAAACUGCCUGAAGAUGAUAAAGGAAGUGAAACAUCAUCAGAAGAUGGAGGAGUAUCUGCAAACCAGGUUAGACCACACUACUUCCAGGAGAGGAUUAAUGGACAGACAAUGAAAAUACCAGAGCCAACCUCACCUACAAAAGAGCCCCCUCCAGUACUGGCUAAACCAAAACUAGAUCCCACCCAGUUACAACAGCUCCACAACCAGGUCUUGCUUGAACAGCAGCAUCUACACCAGCCAUCUCCCCCAUCUCCAAGAGAACUGCCAUUCAACACAGGUAUAUUGAACUCCACUACUUCAUUCAACCAGCAGUCUACAUCAACUAUAUACAAGCAGGCCAAAGUCUCUCCUUCACAGACAUUCAGCUAUACCCGACCGAAACAGUUCCUUGUGUCCCAGAACACCACACCGCCUAUCAACUCCCCUUCCAGCUCCCCAGUGCCUACAUUCAGCAGCGUGCCUCAAGGAACCCAAAGAACAAUGAACAAGGAAAAUUUCGUUGAAUCUCCUCCACCAAUCCAGACAAGGUCUCCGGGAGGGUUUACAAGCCAAAGUGAGCAGCCUCUAGCAAGUCCCAAAGAAUCAGUGUUGCCUCCACUAUUGCUUUCUAUAUCUAGCCUGAACCAAUUUCAGCCCCACAGCAUACUUCCUACUCCUGUCUCUCCAAUCAGCCGGAUUCAGAACCCAGUAGCCUUUCUCAGUUCUGUUCUUCCUUCACUUCCUUCUAUACCACCAACCAAUGCUAUGGGUCUGCCUAGAAGCGCACCAGCUGCAGCAACCCAUGGACCAAUGAAGAAAAAUCUAAAGCCCCUGCAAUUAGCAUCGGAUGAUUAUAUUCAUGACAAUAAAGCUGCAGUUGUAAGGGACUUGCAGAGAAAAAUGCAUUUCAAAGAGGAUGUCCGUCGACAUAGUAGUCAGCAGAGAACAACAUAUGAUGAAAAACUGGCCCACAGACUUCAGGGACCAAGCAAUGAUUCCCCAGUCUUCAACUAUACAACUCAAGAUGUAUCCAAGGAAUACAAGAUUUCAAGCUUUGAACAGAGGUUGAUGAAUGAAAUAGAGUUUCGCCUGGAACGUACCCCAGUGGAUGAAUCAGAUGAUGAAAUCCAACAUGAUGAAAUACCUACAGGCAAGUGCAUAGCACCCAUCUUUGACAAGAGACUCAAGCAUUUUCGGGUCAUGGAAGGAUCUCCUGUUACAUUCACCUGCAAAAUUGUUGGAAUACCCAUACCCAAAGUAUAUUGGUUCAAGGAUGGCAAGCAGAUUUCAAAGAAAAAUGAACAUUGCAAAAUGAAGAGAGAGGGAGAUGGAACAUGUUCUCUACACAUUGAAGCUACUACUAAUGAUGAUGAUGGAAACUAUACAAUAAUGGCUGCAAAUCCUCAAGGGAGAAUCAGUUGUUCUGGCCACUUGAUGGUUCAGACUGUUCCCACGCGUGGCCGAUUAACAACUACUCAGUCGCAUAGAGCAAGGUCCCGUGUGCAAGAAGGAGAUAAAGAACCACUACAAGAACGCUUUUUCCGGCCAUAUUUUCUGCAGGCACCUGGAGACAUGGUAGCUCAUGAGGGGCGACUUUGUAGACUGGACUGUAAGGUGAGUGGGUUACCAACUCCAGACCUGAUGUGGCUUCUGAAUGGCAAACCUGUAUUACCAGAUAGCACUCACAAGAUGUUGGUCAGAGAGACCGGUGUUCACUCUUUGCUUAUUGAUCCUCUCACACGAAAUGAUGCUGGAACUUAUACUUGCAUUGCAACCAACAAAACAGGACAAAAUUCAUUUAGCCUGGAGCUCAGUGUUGUAGCAAAGGAAGUCAAAAAAGCCCCAGCAUUCCUGGAGAAGUUACAGAAUUGUGGUGUGCCUGAAGGGCACCCAGUCAGAUUAGAAGGCAGAGUGAUUGGAAUGCCACCACCAAUAUUCUACUGGAAGAAAGACAAUGAAACCAUCCCUGCAAACAGAGAAAGGAUGAGCAUGCAUCAAGACACAACAGGAUACGUAUGCCUUUUGAUUCAACCUGCCAAGAAAGUAGAUGCUGGUUGGUACACUCUGUCCGCGAAAAAUGAAGCUGGUAUUGUUUCAUGCACUGCUAGACUUGAUAUAUAUGCCCAAUGGCACCAACAGAUUCCACUACCAAUAAAGUUUCGACCUAGUGGUGGCCGGUAUGCAAACCUCACUGGUCAAGGACUCGACAUUUUUUCUGCCUUUUCAGCUGUUGAAAGUCCAAAGUUGUUUUCAUCCCCAUCCCAGAGCGUGGUGGAAAGUGAAGAACUUUAAAAGCCUACAGUUCCAAUUAU